AUGGCACCUCCACGCCAGCGUACCGCUGCAAUCGUGGACGACUCCAGGUCCGAAGCUUCCAGCGGCACAAGAGAAUACAGAACAACUGCCCCUAAGAGCCGGAAGACAGGCGCAGCAGCCAAAGAAAAGGCAUCAGUAACAAGCGCCCCCGUGAACCAAGAAGCAGACGAACAACCAAAUGUUCCUUGGCCUGAACUGCCCCUCGACAUCCUCCACUCAUACCGACACAUCCACAAACUCCCCACCCCCUCAGCCUUCUCAAGCGACUAUUCCCGUCUAGUCCUCUCGCAAGGCAUCGGUCUACGCUCCCCAACAGCUCUCGCAGCUCGCCGUGCAACUAAAUCUAAAGAACCUCCCUCCUAUCGUCGCGAUCACAUUAUUUCCUCACACCCCGGCACGGGGACAGAAGGAAGCCGCGAAGGAACGGGAAGUACAAGCUCGCGAGAGCGCGAGAACGAUGCGCCUCUUCGCCGGAUUAUUGGACAAGACCGCGUGAGCAAGGACUCAUUUGCGCUUGUUGUGCGAAAACACUUUAAUAGUGCGGGCUUGUCGGAGCCGGAGAGCAUUGCGAGGUUUCUAUAUACUGUUCGUGAAGAGAGGAGGGGGAGACAAUUUCGAUUGCGGUUCCAGCCGUAA